ACUAUGUGAUUAAUAUAAUUUUUUAGGAACAUCUGCUCAAGUUGAAGAAAUGGUGGGAAAGAAAUGAAUGGCUUGGCAGUGAAGACACAGAAAUACGAAGACAAAUCAAGGAAUGUUUCACAAGAGAAUUAGAGCUCAUCGACCCUGUAUGUGUGUUCCCACUCUUCAGAUUUGUAUUGCAGCUGGUUUUCUCAAAGAAGGCAGGGAGCACAGCGGAUGCUGCAGAAUGUCCAGAUUAUCCUGUGAUUCACCUGGAGGUUCCACGCAGUCUUUGUCAUGAUUACUGUGAUUUUUUGAAGUCUUUUGGGACAUUUGGAAUUGAAGAAAUGUCAACACAGCACUUGCUUUUUGGAGAUUCAGAACCAUGGCUUAUUAUUAUUAAGAAUUCACCUUUGCUGAAGAAGGUGCACUUUCGAAAUAAUAUCUCUGAAGAAAUACUUAUUAGUAUUGGCUCAUACUGCAAUAUGAUUGAUACUUUUAUUCUUGAACAAGUAUUUGGCAGGAUGCUGGUCCCAAUUGAUUGUUUAUACAAAACCUUUUUCUCAGGACUAGAUUACAAAACUGUUAGUGAGAUUUCUAAGAGACCAUCCAGCACAAAGGAUAUCAGCUUGUCAUUCCCUAGACUUAAGUGGAUUGAUGUUGGUUGGAAGGCAUAUCCCCAGAACAUGGUUACACGAUACUCCUUAGCUGAGUUUAUAUAUAAUAUUUUGUAUUAUUAUCCAAAUGUUGUAAAUGUAUCAUGGCAUUUGUUAAGGCCAUUCAUGGUACAUAUUCCUAGUCAACUACCAGAACACUGUAAAGAUUUAACAUAUAGUAUGAGACAUGUACAUUUUAGUGGUCUCAUGCCUUGGAUACAGUAUCAUUUAUCUUGUCUUUCAAGUAGUGAAAAAAUCAUUUCAUAUUUUAAAGAGUUGCAGCAUAUUACUUUGUGUAAUUGUGUUGAUGUUAGAACAGAUGCUGAAAGUGUUAAAGAAGAAGCAAAAUUUGCUGAAAUUUGGUUACCAAAAUUUAGAUGCAGCAGUCUUACAGUUCAUGUGCCAUUUACACCACCCGAGGAUGUAAGAGUAGGUGAUAUACUCUCUGUAUAUUCCUCUCUCUUUGAAAAAAAUGGCAAUAAUCUUUCUGCACUACAUUUUCAUUUACAUGUAGAGAUCAGUGCAAGAGAACUGUGCCAGGCUAUCAUCCUUUGUCCAUCACUAAAGUUGCUAGAACUAAGAAUGUAUGAAAGCAUCCAUGCUCAGAGUGAAGGAGAUAUCUCUAUAAAGACACUCCACAGUUUGGAGUCACUUAGUGUUACCUAUACUUCACUUAGUGGUACUGUGUACAUACACACUUUGAUAGAAAAACUGAUAAAGGCAUCUCCAAACUUAAAAAGCUUAGAAUUGGUACUAGAGCAUGCUCCAUGUGAAUGGUUAAUGAUGUUAGCCAUAAACAAAUUAAUCAUUGGCAUACACACUCUGCGCCUAAGUUUUAGAGCUCAUCCAUUGAUUAUACCACGAACCCAUAACACAAGAAGAAGAAAUAUUCAAGCUUCAUUUUAUGUGCCAUUUAUAGAACAACUUCCACAUCUAGAAGUUCUAAUGCUUGGUUUAUUGCCUUUUGAGGUGUUUACCCAAGUAAGAAUGAUUUACCAUACUUCUCAGUUGCGAAUAAUUGCAAGAGGUACUCCAUAUAUAGGUUACAUUGUCUUAGACUCCUGAUCUUCAUGGUAUGCAAUGCAUAGAGAAGUAUGUAGUUUUAUACUUGCUCUUAUAGAGCUUAAAAGACUUUAUUGUUUAUAUUAUAAAGAAAAUAUAUAGCUUUGGUUUUGUUUUGACUUGACUAUUUAAAUGUAGAUUUAAAAGAACUAUGAUUUAGUACAAGAUUACAUUUUUUUUUAAGGGGGGGGGGGUGCAUUGUGUGUGAACAUUAUUCAUCUCUUAUUAUGUUUGUGUGUGAGUGCAUGUGUAUCUUUGUGCGAGUGUGUAUAUCUGUGCGAGCGUUGUUGAUUUUGUGUUAGUGUGUUUGUAUGUGCAUGCAUGCUUGUGUGCAGGAGUGCACAUGCAUGUGUGGAUGUGAUAAAGAGUGAGGGUAAGAGUGAGACUGCUGUGGAAUGAUGGCAGUGGAUGUGGCUUGGAACAGCUAGGGUCCUUUGAAAGAAAGCAGUGUCCUAGGGAAGUUGUGAUACAAAGAAAAUUAUCAUCAAGAUACUGUGGAAGGAAAGAAGUAAAAACUGUAUUAGGGUAAAUUUUUAUAAGCAUUCUGUUAUUUAAUAUGUCAUUGUUAACAAAAACUAAGAUAAAAAAUAAAAGUAUCACUGACA